AUGAACAAUUUUGGGCUUGAUGAUUCUUUCACUGGUUCCCAUUCGGUUUUUUCAGAUUCCUUUUGCGGGAUAAUCAACUUUAAGCUACUUUUAGACAAGCGUAUAAUCAUUUCUCUGAAGGAUGGAAGAAAGUUUGAGGGAAAUUUCAAAGUAUACGACCAGUUCGGAAAUAUCACAAUCACAGAGGCAACUGAGCGGAUUUUCAUAGAUAACCAGUAUGGGGAGAAAUACCAAGGGGUGCUACUCAUUAGAGGCGAAAAUGUGGUUCUACUGGGCGAAUAUAACGAGGAAACUCAACAGCACGGAAUUUCAUAUCCCACGCUAGAAAAAAUCCCCAUGAACGAGAUAUUGAGAAAGCAGCGUCAAAUCUUGGAUGAGAGGAAAAGAAUCAUAAAAACCAAGCGAGAGCUCAACAGGGAGUUUGGCCUUCUGGAGGCAGAUAUCAUGGCCGAAUUUGACCUUUAA